AUGUUGAACUUUGAUGAACAAGCUGCUGGAGAAAGGAGGUUUAUGCAACUGAAUGAGCUAGAGGAGUUUAGGAAUAAGGCAUAUGAGAGUACAAAGAUCUACAAAGAGAAUGCAAAAAGGUGGCAUGAUCAGAAGAUAGCAAGGAGGGAGUUCACUGAAGAGCAAAAUGUGCUGCUGUACAAUUCGAGACUCAAGUUCUUCCCUGGGAAGCUUAAGUCUCGAUGGUCAGGACCCUUCACCAUCUUCAAAGUAUCCCCCUAUGGCCAUGUAGAGCUCAUGGAAGACAAAACACAAAGGAACUUCACUGUGAAUGGCCAAAGACUCAAGCAUUACCUAAGGGACUCAUUGGAUGAGAAGAGAUUAGGAGACCCUUAUAUUCCGUUUCCUUUUGGUCUGAAAAUGCAAUUUGAUGAAUACAUGUGCUAA